UAUUUAUCAUUGGAAGCGGUAGGGUUAAAGUAAAACACUACUGAAUGUGGAUUACUGAGGAGAUAAUUAUCAGCUGUGCACCAGUGCAUUUUAUUACUAAGAAAUAUAAAACGACAUGUUAAAGAGAUUAACAAGUUUGUUUGUACAAAGUCUAUUUAUUCAACCAAGAACUAUCAAUCAUUUUGCUGGACUGCAUACAUCAUCAAUUACCAUGGCAGAACCUUUAAAAAAGAAGAAAAGAGUCGGCCUAGCUGAUAGCCAAAUUCAAGUAACUAGAAAAGUUAGAAGAAUUGAAAAAGAAAUCAAACGACUUAAUCGUCUCGAUCGAAUAUUAAGACCAAUUGAAGAAAUUGAAGGAGAUCGUCAAUUAAAGAAAGAAAUAAAAUUACGUCAACGUCCAUCAAUAGACAUUAGUGAAACGGAAUUAGAUGAACGAAUAGGUAUUUGGAAGAAUUGGACACGUUAUCAAAGAAAUGUAGCACACAAUGAAAUGAUCAUGUAUAAUUCAGCAAUUACUGCUCAACAGAAUGCUUUAAAAUGGUUAUACAAAACAUCUCCCGAUUUAUACAAAGCAGCUAUUCAACCUUGUCCUGAAUUAAUUCAAUCAUCAGAAUUAUCAAAUGAUGAUAAUUUAGGAGUAGUAACAAAAGAAAAUGAAAUGAAUUAUUUAACAUUAAUAGGUCCAUAUAUGACUGCACCAAAAUUACACGGGGAAUUUAUUGACUCGACUGAAGAAUAUGAACCACCAGAUGGUGAACAAAUUGAUACAACAAUUCAAUUAACUUAUGAAUUUGAAAUUGAACCACAAUUAUUAGCUCAACCAAAGAAAAGAAAGUUUAUGUUUACAAAAAAAUGAAAUGUUCA